AUGGACCCCCCGAGGACUCGGUCGCGGUCACGGUCAGGUUUCUUCCACUAUGGCAUGAACGGUGGUGGCAACGGCAAUAACGCAAUCAACAACGGGAACAUGAAUGCUAGCGGAGGGAUCGGGGUGAACUACCCCCAACAGAACAACACCGGCUGGGCUCCGCACACAGCGCGCAGCUAUACAGACAACCAGCACACCCAAGGGAACUACCUGUCUGGCGGGGCGCAACGCCACGCUUCGCAUGGAGCACACAGACACCCCGGCACUGGUAAGCUUCAACGUCUCCCUCCCUUUCCCUACUAAUCUUGAUGCAUCACACCCCGUGCAUAGAUGAGUGUACCAUGCAAUUUAGCAGGUGCCAGGCUUGACAUGUAAACAGUGCAGUCUUCCUCUUAGCUGUAUAACAUUUAUCUUCAGUGCAGUGUUCUUGGUGUUUAUUGUCUGAAAAUAUUUUCUCAUCCAUCUAGUGUUGUCUGUAGUCGGGUGACUAUGAGAGGUAAGGAGAGAAACUUUAGUAGCGUCCUCACUGCUUAUGUGAAAGGCCCGAACAGCCUGUCUGAUCUAUGAAUUGCCUACAUUUCCGAACAACAUUAAUAUAUUUGCCCCAUUUAUUUGUGCGUUAGAGAUGUCGCUGUAUCCUCUUUAACACCCAGGAAGCUCCUAUUCAAACUCCCAUUUGACAGCUCUGCAAGCGUUAAGUCAAAAAUAAGUUUGUUACUCACCAAAUAUGGAGUUUCGCUGAGCAAUUAUCUUUAUUUUCACCCGUUACGGCCAGUAUGUACUUCCAAAAAGGGUCAAAAUAUAUUUUUUUACACGCAGCCAAAAGCAAUGCCUAUUCGGCACCUCCAAUGGAUAGAUGACUAAUUACUGCCACGCACAGGUCAGAAGUCUACAACAGCUCAAUACAGUGGAAAGGCAUUUUUUUCGGUUGCUUGUAAAUAGAUAUUUAGACAUUUUUUGGAAGUACAUAUUGGCAGUAACGGGAGUUGAUAAAGAUGGUUGCUUAGUGAAACAAUAUCUGGUGAGUAACGAAAGUAUUUUGACAUUAUAACGCUUGCAAAGCUGUCUAAUGGGUGUUUCAGAACAAGCUCUAUUUUGGUGGUACAUUCUAAUUUACAUUACAUUUUAGUCAUUUAGCAGACGCUCUUAUCCAGAGCGACUUACAGUAGUGAGUACAUACAUUUUCAUAAAUUUUACAUACAUUCUAAUGGCUUGAUUCCACCCGAAAUACACAGCUAAAUUAUUGAAUACUUUAACGAGUUGUGGUAUUGAGUAGAAAUGCAUGACUUUACAAUAAAAAUGACCGAAUGUAUUAAUUCGGUGUGUUAGUGGUUUUGGAUAUCAUUUAGGCCAGGAAUCAUCAACUAGAUUAAGCCGCAGGCCAAAUGUAAUUUUGAAAAAUAUUUGUAAAAUAUGUGUUAAUUAUUUAUUGUUAUUUUUUUUUUGAGGGUAUGUUCAGGGGGCCGGAACAUAAUUACAAAGAAUUUGUAUACUGCAAAUUGACCACAAGAAGCCCAAACAGAUAUAAUAUUUGACUAAAACAUAAUCAUUUCAAACCUUUCUUACAUUUGUGUACGAUAACAUGUAUGUCUCUCUCUAUGUGUAGGAAUACUUUGGAACAGAUAUCCAAAAUUUAAAUCAUUUGGAGACGGUUUACUGGUGUUUUUAGUCGUCUGUCAAACAAAAUAAAUAAUUUUUGCUUAGAAAACUUGGGGGUGCCAAAUAAAAUCACGGCCCACAGACCGCCAGUUGGGGAACCCUGUCCUAGGCCCAUAUGGUCAAGACUAUUUCCUAAGUAAGAUUAAAAAACAUUAAACCUGUCUUCUCUUGAGAUUAGUAAUAUUUACAGGUUACUGCAAGAUAUGAAUUGCCAUAAUGACGUUUGUUCUUCAAAUUAUGUGUUCUAUUGGCUCUGCUGCUGUGGACACUUAGGGAAAGGAAUCCAUUUUGUAAUUUGGGUGAACUAUCACUUUAACAGUUUGGCCUGUCGAUCUCUGUGGGUGGGGUUUUUCAGGGGAGGGGGCAGGAUGUUUGUCACAGUUGGUGGGUUUUCAAAACUGUCAAUCAUUCACUGUGAGUGGGACUUUGAGGGAAGGUGGUAGAUUAGUCAUCUAGUCAGAACUAGUCUUUCAAUUUAGUUCAUUGUGGCAAAAACCUAGGAAAAAAGGUUGAUCUGUCAAAUGAACAUGGAUUCCCUGUUGAGAAACAAUAUAGAAUUGCAGGAAAAUGGUUUAAAAAAAUUCAGGGGGAGGACCCCCAGACCCCGCCAGAUUGUGCACCCCCACUUUUAUACAAAGUCAGGCGCCCCCAUGAAUAGACCUACAGGCAUGAUUGAAGAAUGAAGCAGGUGUUAAACUUGGUCUUUGCUACACAGAAAGCAACAGUUGACUACUUCAUUGUCGACACUAAUCAAAUCAGUAGGCCUAUAUCAAUAUCUGUAAUAAUACCAUAUACAGUGGGGAGAACAAGUAUUUGAUACACUGCCGAUUUUGCAGGUUUUCCUACUUACAAAGGAUGUAGAGGUCUGUAAUUUUUAUCAUAGGUACACUUCAACUGUGACAGACGGAAUCUAAAACAAAAAUUCAGAAAAUCACAUUGUGUGAUUUCUAAGUAAUUCAUUUGCAUUUUAUUGCAUGACAUAAGUAUUUGAUCACCUACCAACCAGUAAGAAUUCCAGCUCUCAUAGACCUGUUAGUUUUUCUUUAAGAAGCCCUCCUGUUCUUCACUCAUUACCUGUAUUAACUGCACCUGUUUGAACUCGUUACCUGUAUAAAAGACACCUGUCCACACAUUCAAUCAAACAGACUCCAACCUCUCCACAAUGGCCAAGAGCAGAGAGCUGUGUAAGGACAUCAGGGAUAAAAUUGUAGACCUGCACAAUGCUGGGAUGGGCUACAGGACAAUAGACAAGCAGCUUGGUGAGAAGGCAACAACUGUUGGCGCAAUUAUUAGAAAAUGGAAGAAGUUCAAGAUGACGGUCAAUCACCCUCGGUCUGGGGCUCCAUGCAAGAUCUCACCUCGUGGGGCAUCAAUGAUCACAAGGAAGAUGAGGGAUCAGCCCAGAACUACACGGCAGGACCUGGUCAAUGACCUGAAGAGAGCUGGGACCACAGUCUCAAAGAGAACCAUUAGUAACACACUACGCCGUCAUGGAUAAAAAUCCUGCAGCGCACACAAGGUCCCCCUGCUCAAGCCAGCGCAUGUCCAGGCCCAUCUGAAGUUUGCCAAUGACCAUCUGGAUGAUCCAGAGGAGGAAUGGGAGAAGGUCAUGUGGUCUGAUGAGACAAAAAUAGAGCUUUUUGGUCUAAACUCCACUCGCCGUGUUUGGAGGAAGAAGAAGGAUGAGUACAAACCCAAGAACACCAUCCCAACCGUGAAGCAUGGAGGUGGAAACAUCAUUCUCUGGGGAUGCUUUUUCUGCAAAGGGGACAGGACGACUGCACCGUAUUGAGGGGAGGAUGGAUGGGGCCAUGUAUCGCGAGAUCUUGGCCAACAACCUCCUUCCCUCAGUAAGAGCAUUGAAGAUGGGUCGUGGCUGGGUCUUCCAGCAUGACAACGACCCAAAACACACAGCCAGGGCAACUAAGGAGUGGCUCCGUAAAAAGCAUCUCAAGGUCCUGGAGUGGCCUAGCCAGUCUCCAGACCUGAACCCAAUAUAACAUCUUUGGAGGGAGCUGAAAGUCCGUAUUGCCCAGCGACAGCCCCGAAACCUGAAGGAUUUGGAGAAGGUCUGUAUGGAGGAGUGGGCCAAAAUCCCUGCUGCAGUGUGCAAACCUGGUCAAGACCUACAGGAAAUGUAUGAUCUCUGUAAUUGCAAACACAGGUUUCUGUACCAAAUAUUAAGUUCCGCUUUUCUGAUGUAUCAAAUACUUAUGUCAUGCAAUAAAAUGCAAAUGAAUUACUUAAAAAUCAUUUUUGUUUUAGAUUCCGUCUCUCACAGUUGAAGUGUACCUAUGAUAAAAAUUACAGACCUCUACAUGCUUUGUAAGUAGGCAAACCUGCAAAAUUGGCAGUGUAUCAAAUACUUGUUCUCCCCACUGUAAGUAUCAUGACAUUUGCUUUUAUAACCUUCAAUCUGUUUUCUUUUAUCAUAUUUUGGACCAGUAUUACGCGCUCUCUCUCCACUAACUAUUGUUCCUGCAGGGAGGAUUCAACGUUUUCAUAAUUUAUCAGCAAAUCGCCAAAAAGUAGUAGUAGUAGUAGUAGUAGUAGCCUACUAGGGAGCCAAAUGAACGGCUCGCUCACUGGUUCCGAUCGGUUCGUUCACGAACAACCCAUCACUAGGCUACACUGACGAGUCACUGGCAAGUCUCGACACUGGCUUCGAAUCCUAGGGAAAUAAAAACAAGAUAUUUUGGUUUACUUGUCCCGAAGUGAUACCAGGGAUGUAUAACGACGUUGUAUGAUUUAUGAAUAGCAAUGGGAUAUAGGAGAUUUUACUUUAUUCAGUCAGUUCGACACCUUUUUAUAAACUCGUGAACACAAGCUGUCCGCUCCUCAAAGAACCGUAAAUAGCCUAUGCGCCCCUACUCUGUGGCUGGCCAUAGGCCUAUGAAACAUGCAAAGAAAUUAAAUGAAUGUGCCGCAAAACGAUAAGCAGAUUAUAACUCAUUAUUACCACUGACAUUACAUGGGAUGUGUACAUUCACUCACAGGAGAUGAAGAAGCAUCAUGCGCUCCCGCCUCCAUGAAAAUACAUUUGACUGCAGCCAACCCCAGCGCACAAAAAUAACACCGGUGCAGAGAGGCGGGACAGACAGCAGACUGACAAACCAGCAGUGGUUCUCUGUCAUCGCUCGCUUUGUGACCGACAGGCGCCGUCCUAUCAUUAAUCCAUAGAAGUUGCAUAUCGUUCAUUCUAGCGAGAGAAGGCUAUUCAGACUUCUCUGACUAGCGAAUUGAAACUUUUAAAUGGAAAGAAGCCUAGUUAAUUUAUGAAGUGGAAAAAGUAGCUGGAUGACAAUGAGUCUUAUCGGUUGUUCAGCCGGAGCUUAUGGAAAACACUGCUCUGAGGAAACAUACCAUUAGAACAGAGUGGAUUACCUAGAGGCAGAGAGGCCUAUGAAUGAAUGCAAGCUUUUAAUGAAGAGCUUUUUUAAUAGCGCUGCCGCCAUCCAGACCUAAUAAACAACCCACACAGAGGAAUAUGCGCACGCAAAGACACACCUACCGACACACAUUAGGCUACCCCCCCCCCCCGACACAACAAAGAGGAAUUUAUGGGUAUGACUGAAAUGCUGUAUCUCCCAGCUGUUUAAUCCUCCUCCCUGCUCUAGGCAGCUGAAGAUGCCUCUUCUUGAAUACUGUGUGUGAUUUACAGUGUAUUUGGUUUAGUGUGUGCUGUGAGCAGAGCUCUUGGCAUGUCACAGCUCUUAACAUCACUUUCAGGGGAAUGUGUCAGUACUGGAUUUGGAGGUGCUGAAUAUGUCACUUCAUUUCACCACUCUUUCUCUCCCUCUGUCUGUGCUCGAACAGACAAACUGCACGUUUUGGCCUUGAGGAAGAGCAGCUUAGACUAGGCCUAGUGGCUCAAUCCUGGAACCAGGGUUGUAUGCGUCAUGCAGCCACUGGCUCAAAUAGGUGCCAUUUCUGUACCAAGACCCAGAUACUAGGACUAGGGCCUUAUAACCUGGCAAACAUCACCCAACCCAGCCCAAUCCUUUCCUUGUGACACAUCACACGGCUCAGCGUCUGGAUCUCUGUGUCCUUCCCUGUCCCUGUCGGAGCGCCAGUCGCCUGGCUGCUCUCUUCUGUUCUGCUGCCGCUGGCGGCGCGUCUUUGAGCUGUCAGUCUCCCCCGACUUCAUAGAGCUGUGGCGUCGCAGAGAGAGGAGCGCUCUCAGAUCAGUUUUUUUCUGAAGAGACGGAGGGAGGGGGCUAGUUGGGGGAGGGAGAGAGGGGGUGGGUGGGGUUGUUUUUGGUUUUCAGGAAACUCCGUCAGUGCAGUUCAAGGGCAUCUCUGCCUGUGAAAGAUUGGAGUGUGUGUCUGUGUAAUAUUGUGUGUCUGUGAGGCAGCAGACGGGGUGGUUUUAUAUUUGAGAUCAGAGAGAUUGUUACAUCGUAGAGAGCAUGGUUCUCCCCUUGUCAGUGGAAGAUGGAACUAAACCAGGCAAUUCAAAGCCAUUUAGACACAUUCACAGACCUAGACUGAUCAUACUUUAUCCAGCUAUAAUAAGUGUGUAGUUUUCCCCUCAGAGUUUAGGCACAAUUUGGGCUGCUACUUUCUCAACAGAUGCUAAUCGCAGAGAGGGUUAGAAGGAGCAUGAUUGCUGGUGUGUACAUGUUAGCCAAGCCCAUCCAGGCCUAUGUCCGAGUCUUGGGAUGUUUUGUUAAGCCUACAGCCUGGUUUGACCCUCCUGUUAUUCUCACUCUGGCCUAUAGGAGGUGUCCUUCACUUCCACCCUGAUAACGUCUGCAGUGAUGAGCGGGACAAGGUGAGUAUAUUUACCUUUCCCUAUUACACCCAGUACCAGCACAGCCGUAGGAAUGCUAUAGCAUGGUGUUAAAGUGGAACUGACAGUGUUUUAGCAGCAUGAAAUCGUAUAAAAUAUGUUCUGUCAAGCGAGCACAUAGAUAUGGUAAUUUUCAUACUUUCAUAGAAUGUUUGGGAAUUAAGUACAGUAAGGCCUUUGUGCUAACAUUUUAUAGCAAUAUAGAGUGGGAAAGUGGCUGUGCGUUUGGACAAUUAAGACACAGUAAGCCAGAGCAAGAUGAGCCAAAAUCUAACGAGGUAACAGUAGAUAAACCCUUGCAAACUUCUUCAGCUUGUAGUUGGCUGUCAAAAUUGCACUGAUAAACGAUGGGGAAUAAUAGUAGGCUGCUUGCCCUUCUGCAGUCUGCCUGCCAAUGCAUGCUUGUCCCAACCCACGUUUUGACAACUGAAUGGGAACUUACCUGCCUGCCCGACCAUUUGAUCGAUGCCAAAUACAUUUGGUUGACAACUAAGAGAUAUGCUAACUGGAUAAGUAGUUCAUGUUCAGCAUAGCUAGCUAGCAAAGUGAUUCACAUUUCUUGCUAGCUAACCAAAUGACACUAAUAUCUCUAGCGGUGGCCACAGAAAAAUUAUAUGGGGGAGGGAGGGAGUCAUUUGUGACAUGACAUCCUUCCAGCAGUUAGCUAGGUAGCUAGGCUCUGUGCUUUUGCCCUGCCAAAUAAAUAGCCACAUGAGGUAAGCUAGCCUAUUAGCCACGUUAUGACAGACUUGUUAUGCCCUCGCUAGUUUGAUUGAAUUGGCCUUACUUUCAUCAAUUUUUGUCCAAAAUAUUGAGUCAAUGAAACUGAAACCGUGCAUCCGAAUGAAUGGCUGGAGGCAACAAACAAUGUACCAGCUGUGAUUUACAACCAGAUAGCAAUAUUUGUUGGACUACCAAGAAAUGUAAUGGUGAAGUAUUUUCAUAAUGCAUUGAAGUGCAUCCAGCUAUUCUGCCAACAAUACCCUACUCUACGUCAUGGAAUAUUUAGCGAAAUAGAACCUAUUUUUAAAACCUCUUAUGAAGUUUGGUGUUGUAGCGUAAAUAGUGAAUUUUGUAUUUUUGACUUAUGAUUGUCUGUUUAUCUGCAAAGUAGUUAACUGUCAGUUCCACUUUUAAAAAAUGAUCCAUGUGUCUCUCUCUCUCUGUAGAUGGAGGACAGUCCUAGCCCUAAGCGACAGCGUCUUUCCCAGCAGUCUAUGUUAGAUCUAAGCUCUGCCCCUCCCCCCACCCCAUCUUCUCCCAUUCGUCCCUGGGAGCUACCCCACACCCCAACUACCUGGGCCCCGCCCCCACCCAGUCGCAGACCACACCCCCACUACCCGCCAGAGCGAUGCCACACUCCUGUCCGCAACCGCCGCAGGUAAGUAUGUGUGUGUUUUUGUGUGUGUUAAACGUUACAAUGGGUUCGGCAUCAUUGUAAAGUAAUUUUUCCUCAGGGCAUUAUCUGAUGUGAUGAGGAUGUUUGGUAGAAAUGACGUUGAUAUUGUCAGUGUCUCUCUCUCUCUCCCCAGUCCUCCAAUGAGACGCCAGCGAGGCCGCCGUGACCGUCUCCCCCACCACCACCCCCCUCACCCUCAUCACCACCACUACCACCACCACCAUCACCACAACCCUCACCAUCAUCACCCCCACCACAGCCUCUCAGCAGGGCUUCAGGAUGAGAACUACCGCCACCCCGUCCCCCCUCAGAGUUACCCCUAUAACCAGCCUGAGGAGCGCCCCUACCACCCCCCCAACCUGUCCCCUCGCCCCCUCCACCACCCUGCUAACCUGUCCCCCAGGUUGAUGCACCCUCACCCCCAGCCUCACCCCCCUCAGCAGCAGAGCGGUGUGGUGCUGGACCUCCAUGACCAGGUCAGUGGGGAAACAGGAAGCCGCUUGUAUAGUUGUCAAUAAAGCAUUAUUGAAUUUGAUUAGGGUCAUAUUUAUCCUUCUACAUGGAGGUUCAGGUAGUGUGGUUGUUUGAACUCUGACCUUUGACUUCUGCGCAGGUGUCGUACCCAGUCUCUCCCCCUGGUGGCCCCCCCGGCCUGCCCCCCCACUCGGCCCCCCAGCAGCUCCCAGCAUGCUCGGUGGUCUUUAGUGGGCAGCACUACCCUGUCUGCAGUGUCCCUCCAUCUGUGAGUUCAACUAGCCUGACUGUCUGACUUGUGUAUCUCUUUGAUACUCUGUUAGUCUGACACUGAUCGUAUGCCUACUUCAUGUACAGUGCCAUCAGAAAGUAUUUAUACCCCUUGACUUAUUACACAUUUUGUUGUUACAGCCUUAAUUCAAAAUUGAUUAAAACCACAGAAAAAAUCUCACCCAUCUACACACACUACUCCAUAAAGAGAAAGUGAAAACAUGUUUUUAGAAAUGUUAGCAAAUGUAUUGAAAAUGAAAUGCAUAAAUAUCUCAUUUUAAAUAAGUUAUCACACCCCUGAGUCAAUACUUUGUAGAAGCACCGUUGGCAGCGAUUACAGCUAUGAGUCUUUCUGGGUAAGUCUCUAAGAGCUUUCCACACCUGGAUUGUGCAACAUUUGCCCAUUAUUCUUCAAAUUGGUUGUUCAUCAUUGAUAGGCAACCAUUUUCAGGUCUUGCCAGGGAUUUUCAAGUAGAUUUAAGUCAAAACUAACUCGGCCACUCAGCAACAUUCACGGUCUUCUUGGUAAGCGAAUCCAGUGUAUAUUUGGCCUUAUGUUUUAGGUUAUUGUUCUGCUGAAAGGUGAAUUCAUCUCCCAGUGUCUGGUGGAAAGCAGACUGAACCAGAUUUUGCUCUAGGAUUUUGCCAGUGCUUAGCUCCAUUCCGGAUAUUUUUUUAAAUCCUGAAACUCCCCAGUUCUUAAAGAUUACAAGCAUUCCCAUAACAUGAUGCUAUGAAAAGCCAAGUGACAUUUACUCCUUAUGUACUGACCUGUUGCAACCUCUACAACCACUGUGAUUAUUAUUUGACCCUGCUGGUCAUCUAUGAACGUUUGAACAUCCUGGAGAAAAAUCUGGCCUUAAUGGCCAUGUACUGUUAUAAUCUCCACCCGGCACAGCCAGAAGGGGACUGACCACCCCUCAGAGCCUGGUUCCUCUCUAGGUUUCUGCCUUUCUAGGGAGUUUUUCCUAGCCACCGUGCUUCUACGUCUGCAUUGCUUGUUGUUUGGGGUUUUAGGCUGCGUUUCUGAAUAGCACUUUGUGACAUCUGCUGAUGUAAAAAGGGCUUUAUAAAUAUAAUUGAUUGAUUAACCCACCACUAUGCUUGAACAUCUGGAGAGUGGCACGCAGUAAUGUGUUGUAUUGGAUUUACCCCAAACACAAUACAUUGUAUUCAGGACAAAAAGUUAUUUGCUUUGCCACAUUUUUUGCAGUAUUACUUGUUGCAAACAGGAUGCAUGUUUUGGAAUAUGUUUAUUCUGUACAGGCUUCCUUUUCACUCUGUCAAUUAGGUUAGUAUUGUGGAGUAACUACAAUGUUGAUCUAUUUCUCCUAUCACAGCCACUAUACUCUGCAACGGUUUUAAAGUCACCAUUGGCCUCAUGGUGAAAUCCCUGAGCGGUUUCCUACCUCUCCGGCAACUGAGUUAGGGAGGACGCCUGUGUCAUUGUAGUGACUUGAUAAGCACAUUUUUACUCCUGAACUUAUUUAGGCUUGCCAUAACAACAAAAGGGUUGAAUAGUUAUUGACUCAAGACAUUUUUGUGUUUUCAUUUUUAUAAAAAAAAAAUAUGUGAAAAACACAAUUCCACUUCGACGUUAUGGGGUAUUGUGUGUAGGCCAGUGACAACAUGUGGAAAAAGUCAAGGGGUGCGAAUACUUCCUGAAGGCACUGUACCUCUCCUUUCCCUCCCUGUUUUCCAUCAGUGUGUUUGUUCAAAUUCAUGUAUGCAUAAUUAAUCUCAUCUUUAUCGAGGGUGUCAAUAAUUGGAGCCCAAUGUAUAUAUGCAGGACUGUUUCUUUUAUACUGUUUUUCACACUAUUUAUAUACUGGAUUCUUGACAUGGCUGACUGUAAUAUCUACUGCUGUACAUAUCAUUCUUAGUAUAUCUUUUUGAUGCAUGUACGCAUCGCUUGCAUUUAGAUUACGGAUAAUGUUAAUUGGAUUCAUCCUGACGUGUGGUUUCUAGUUUUGGAUUUAUUAGUUGUGUACUUGUUUUACAUUUUAUUGCACUGUUAGGAGCUAGUAACAAGUAUUUCACUGCACACGCUAUAACAUCUGCUGAACUGUGUACACAACCAAUAAACAUUGUUUGUUUUGGUCUCUCCUCUAUAAUGUAAUCGAAUGUUCUCUCUCUCUCUCUCUCUCUCUCAGGUUCUGCAGACGUGCUCUGUGCAACACCUGCCCAUGCCCUACACGUUCCCCUCCCUGCUGUCCAGUGACCCCACCUUUCUCCUGCCCCCUCCCCACCUGUCCCACCAUCCCCCUCACAUCCCCCAGCCUGGACAGUUUGGACCCUACCCCACACAGCAGGCCAGAUCGGUGAGUGGCACUAUCUAGCAUUACAAGCCAUUUGAAGCUCAUCAGCAACAUCUCUCUUUCUUUUUUUCCCUAGCCAUUACAGAGGAUAGAGAAUGACGUGGAGCUGUUGGGGGAGCACCUGUCGUUAGGGGCGGGUCUACACUACCCCCCUGCCCCCCACCCCGGCCUGCCCCCCCAUUCCACUCAGCUCCACUUCCUCUCCCAUGAGCCUCUGCCACAGGAGUUCUUUGGAGUGGUGAGUGUCUCUCUCUGACCUCUUUAUCUCUCACUCCCACAUCAUGGUGAUUGUGGCAUCAUCUUUUAAGCCAUUUUAAAAGGCCUGCGUUGAUGUUUUUUCAUUUGGUCAUAUGAAAUCCAGUAAUUAUUUAUCUUCUCAGUCGUAUCCUAACUUCCUGCCACGGCGUAUCCCAGGACGACGCUACCGCUCACAGCAGCCACUGCCACCCUCGCCUUACCACCCCAGUUUCCUGCCUUACUUCCUGUAAGUCACCCAUCUGUCUCUAGCUCUGCAUCAUGGGUUUUGUAGUUUAGACAAUCAGUAGACGCUGCCCUAUUGGUUGGAAGUAGCCUACUGUUGUGGCACAGCGUAUUUGUGCGAAUACAGUUGAGCUUUUAUGUAUGUUUGUCACAUGAGCUGUGUAAGCACACAGUGUCUCCCUCUCUGUCAGCUCUAUGCUGCCAGUCCAGCCUACAGGCCCUGCCAUCAGCCUGGAGCUAGACGUAGAUGACGGAGAGGUGGAGAACUAUGAGGCUCUUCUCAACCUGGCCGAGCGUCUGGGAGAGGCCAAGCUCAGAGGACUGACCAAGGGAGACAUCGAGCAGCUGCCUUCCUAUAGGUUCAACCCCAACAACCACCAAUCAGAACAGACUCUGUGAGUACUUCCCCUUGACCUACCAGAGCUGAGGAUACUAUCCUCCGCCCUCGCCAAUCCGAGCAUGCAGUUGGUGUUGUUGGUACUUCUGUUGAAAUAAUGUUGUAAUAACGUUGUAAUAAAGUUGUACUGUUGUAUUGCAGGUGUGUGGUGUGUAUGAGUGACUUUGAGUCACGUCAGUUACUGCGAGUUCUACCCUGCAGUCAUGAGUUCCAUGGAAAGUGUGUCGACAAGUGGCUCAGGGUGAGUCUCUCGCUUGCUCUAGUAUUUCACAAUGCACGAUCAACUAUACUGAACAAAAAUAAACGCAACAUGUCAAGUGUUGGUCCCAUGUUUCAUGAGCUGAAAUAAAUGAUCCCAGAAAUGUUCCACACGCACAAAAAGCGUAUUUAUCUAAAAUUUUGAGCAGAAAUUUGUUUACAUCCCUGCUAGUAUCUCUCCUUUGCCAAGAUAAUCCAUCCACCUGACAGGUGUGGCAUAUUAAGAAGCUGAUUAAACAGUAUGAUCAUUACACAGGUGCACCUUGUGCUGGGGACAAUAAAAGGCCACUUUAAAAUGUGCAGUUUUGUCACACAACACAAUGCCACAGCUGUCUCAAAUUUUGAGGGAGUGUGCAAUUGGAAUGCUGACUGCAGGAAUGUCCACCAGAGCUGUUGCCAGAAUUUAAUGUUAAUUUCUCUACCAUAAACCGCCUCCAACGUCGUUUUCGAGAAUUUGGCAAUGCGUCCAACCGGCCUCGCAACCGCAGACCACGUCUAACCACGCCAGCCCAGGACCUCCACAUCCGGCUUCUUCACCUGCGUGAUCGUCUGAGACCAGCCACCCGGACAGCUGACUAAACUGUGGGUUUGCACAACUGAAGAAUUUCUGCACAAAUUGUUACAAACCAUCUCAGGGAAGCUCAUAUGUGUGCUUGUCGUCCUCACCAGGGUCUUGACCUGACUUCAGUGGUCAAAUGUUAACUUUUGAUGGCCACUGGCACGCUGGAGAAGUGUGCUCUUCACGGAUGAAUCCCAGUUUCAACUGUACCGGCAGAUGGCAGACCGCAUGUAUGGCGUCGUGUGGGCGAGCGGUUUGCUGAUGUCAACGUUGUGAACAGAGUGCCCAAUGGAGGUGGGGUUAUGGGCAGGCAUAAGCUACGGAGAACGAACACAAUUGCAUUUUAUCAAUGGCAUUUUGAAAGCACAGAGAUACCGUGAAGAGAUCCUGAGGCCCAUUGUCGUGCCAUUAAUCCGCCGCCAUCGCCUCAUGUUUCAGCAUAAUGCAUGGCCCCAUGUCGCAAGGAUCUGUACACAAUUCCUGGAAGCUGAAAAUGUGUCAGUUCUUCCAUGCUCUGGAUCAACGUGUACGACAGUGUUCUAGUUCCCGCCAAUAUCCAGCAACUUCGCACAACCAUUUAAAGAAUAGUGGGACAACAUUCCACAAGCCACAAUCCAUGCCCCUGCCUUUUUGUAAAGGUUUCUGUGACCAAACGGAAGCAUAUCGGUAUUCCUAGUCAUGUGUUAUCCAUAGAUUAGGGCCUAAUGAAUUUGUUUCAAUUGACUGAUUUCCUUAUAUGAACUGUAACUCAGUAAAAUCGUUUAAAUUGUUGCAUUUUAUAUUUUUGUUCUGUGCAUUUGGCAAACAUACUUUUCUAGAUACUGUGAAACAUCUUACAUCUUCAUACCUAGUUCUCAUUCCAACUGAAGCUCCCUCUAAAAAAACAAAUCUAGAGUUCUCCAGUAAUGAUCAAGUCAUCCCUGCAUGUUAACUGACAAUGUAUCCCUCUCUGUUGUCUCUCUCCAGGCUAACAGGACUUGCCCCAUCUGUAGAGCGGAUGCCUCAGAGGUCCAGCGAGACUCAGAGUGACCACCAGGGGGAGUCAACCACUGACUGUCAAACAGUUUUAGCACUGCCCCCCCCCCACCCCCCUCCCCUGCAUCUCCUUUCCUUCUCCUGUAACUCUGCUCUCAUCUCUCAUUUUGCUGCCCCACACUCCACCUUCAAUCUCUCUUUUUGAAAUGUUUGGCUCUCUCUGCCUCCUUCCACUCUGCCCUCCAUCUCUUCUUUAGCACUCUUGCCCUUCUGUCCUCUUCAGCCUCACACUCCAUUCCCUCUGGUCAGGCACACACCCCUCAGCUGAACCCGCUGGGGGGGGGGGGGGUCUGCGCACAAGCUAA